UCUGGGACCCAUGUGACGUGUGUUUACAUCCUCUCAGCUGUUCUUGAAGAAAAACAGCGCUGGAUCUUUAACGCCACUAAAAUCUUUACAUCCCAACAUCAUUGUGUUGAAAAGCACGAGCUCUGAUGUGCACCUCAUUCUCCGGCUCGUGCAAACUGAGCCCGAGAUUGUUUCAUGGCAUCGUUAAGAUCCUGCUGUACUUGACAAUGGUCUGAAGUGAUUCGCGUUAGACACAAACACCCCAACCGGGCAUCCCUGCGGAGAGCCACUCAGGCACUUUUCCUCUGGAUGUGAAGACCGGUCUAGUUUUUCAUCUCUCACCUCCUCUACAUUUAUUUUCGUUCCUUUUUCUUUUUUCUGUCUGUGAGGGGAACAUGGGGGGAGCCGUCAGCGCCGGCGAGGACAAUGACGAUUUGAUAGAUAACCUGAAAGAAGCCCAGUAUAUCCGCACAGAACGUGUCGAACAGGCCUUUAGGGCCAUUGACCGUGGGGAUUAUUACCUGGAUGGCUACAGAGAAAAUGCCUAUAAAGAUCUGGCGUGGAAGCACGGGAACAUACAUCUCUCGGCACCGUGUAUCUACUCGGAGGUGAUGGAGGCCUUGAAGCUCCAGCAGGGUUUGUCUUUUCUUAAUCUUGGCAGUGGAACAGGAUACCUGAGCACCAUGGUGGGCUUGAUCAUAGGUCCAUUUGGAGUAAAUCACGGCGUCGAGCUGCACAAGGACGUUGUAGAAUAUGCCAGAGAAAGACUCGAAGAGUUUAUUAAAAACAGCGAUAGCUUCGACAGAUUCGAGUUCUGCGAACCUCACUUUGUGGUUGGGAAUUGCCUGGAGAUUUCAUCUGACAGUCACCAGUAUGAUCGCAUCUACUGUGGUGCUGGGGUUCAGAAGGACCAUGAGAACUACAUGAAGAUUCUACUGAAAGUUGGAGGAAUUUUGGUCAUGCCAAUAGAGGAUCAGCUGACUCAGAUAACAAGAACCGGUCAGAGCUCCUGGGAGAGUAAGAACAUCUUGGCGGUGUCAUUCGCUCCUCUUGUUCAGCGAAACAGGACAGACGGCAACAAGCCUGAAGCUGUGGUGCUACCACCUCUAGCAGUAAGGAGUCUUCAGGACCUGACGCGGAUCUACAUUCGCCGAACCCUCCGCAGCCUGAUCACCGACGACAACGCCGGCCGCAGCACCACGCAAAGACCACAAAAGCGCAAACGCAGACGCUUUCGCCGCAGUCGCCGAAUCAACACCUACGUCUUCGUCGGUAACCAGCUGAUCCCUCGGCCCAUGGACAGCGAGGACGACGAAUGCAUCGAGGAGGAGAGCAAAGACGAAGAGCUGGAGAAAGACAUUGAGCCCGUGAAACCCGAGGAACCGCAGGUCAACCAUCUGAGAGACAAAAUCUUGAGCCUGCCCCUACCAGAGUCACUGAAGGCGUACCUGCUCUUCUAUCGCGAGAAAUAGACCAGCGCGCGCUGCACUUUCUCUCUGCCAAUUAAUCUAACGGUGGUGGUUGGUUUCUCAGACUGCUUCUGACCCUGAAUUUCAUCGAUUUGUUUUCUUUUUUGAUAAUGUAGCAUAAUUUAAACAUUUACAGUACGUGGGGUGAAAUCUUUUUGAGAAGACAUUGUGCUUGCUUGUGUUAACCUUAUCCUUAAAAACGCUCACUUUUCGAAUGUGUUUUUUUGAUGAGUACGACGUCUUGAACGGACUUUAGUAGGUUCAAGCUCACCUUGUUCGUAUUCAGAUAAAGUUGCAAAUGUGAUGAGAUGUUUUUCACAGGCUUGUAUUGUAAGACCCAAUAUUUGAUUAAACCAGUAAUGAUCGUUUUUCUUUUUUGCUUUGUAGAGAAACGAAAAACUAUUUUCUGUAUUGAUUUCUGCCUUUUUUUGAGUCUACGACCCGACGGGUUUUUCGCUGUUUAUAGUGCUAAUGCUUUUGCUAUCUCUCUCUGUCUUUACGCAGUUUUAGUGACGUUUCAUCUAGAGCCUGUGUGUAUUUUUUUUACAUCCUAGUCACAUUUGUACUUUACUGAUAUUGAGCUGUCUCUUAUUGGAUGAUAUUUUUUGUCCACCUAAAGACUUCCUCUCCUUGUGAUCAUAACAUGAGACACGUCACUGUUUGUGUCGGUUUGUAGGUGAUUUCACACUGUCGUAACAACUUGUUUGCAAUAUAUUGUCAGCACAAAAAAAAUGUGUGGCUUAAUUUCAAUGAUUGAAUCGACUUUGUGAUCUUUUAGUGGUGUGUGAGCUAACAGCCGAACUUUUGAUUCGAUGGGGUCUUUAGCUAACUUAGCGUAGCCAGCAACUGAUGUUCCUCAAUAUUUGUUAUGAAUCGACAACACCCAAAAAUAUUUGUCAUAGGAAACUAUGAUUAGAUUUACAGUAUAUUCACUUUAUAAAUAAUAUUCUUUAUACUUAUUUUCGGUAAUGAUAAUUUUGCGAAUGUUAAAAACUAAAGCUACGAAAAUGUAUUUUAUCAUACUGAAUAUUGUUAAACACCAGCACAAGUCUUAAAACAUUUUUCAAAACCGCUCGUCUAGGUUUGCGAAAAGAAAUGUGUUUGUUAUUGACACAUUCAAGUGUGACGAUUAAAGAUAAUUUGAUGG